GGCGCGGCUGACGUCAUCACGCGGCGCCCGGCGGGCUGUUGCCGCGGUAACGGCGGCGAUGGAGGGUGGCGGGCGGCCCUCGGCCGUGCAGGCCGCGCUGCUGGCCGCCAGCACCGCCCUCACCGCCCUGCUCUACUCCGUCUACCGGCAGAAGGCCCGCGUCGCCCGCGGCCUCCAGGGCGCCAGGAGGGUCCGGCUGGACGGGGAGCUGCGGGCGGUGCUGCUGGAGGCGCCGGGGCGCUGCGUCCCCUACGCGGUCAUCGAAGGCGUGGUGCAGUCUGUUAAGGACACCCUCAGCAGCCAGUUUGUGGAGAACUGCAAGGGCGUCGUUCAGCGCCUGACGCUGCAGGAGCACAAGAUGGUGUGGAACCGAACAACCCACCUCUGGAAUGACUACGAGAAGAUCAUCCACCAGAGAACCAACACCACCCCCUUUGACCUGGUCCCUCAGGAGGACGGCACCGGCAUCGCCGUCAGGGUGAUGAAGCCGCUGGACGCUGCCGAGCUCAGCCUGGAGACGGUGUAUGAGAAGUUUCAUCCCUCCGUCCAGUCCUUCACCGAUGUCAUCGGCCACUACAUCAGCGGUGAGCGCCCCAAGGGCAUUCAGGAGACGGAGCAGAUGCUGAAGGUGGGCACAGCGCUGACGGGGGUGGGAGAGCUGGUCCUGGAUAAUGCCACCAUCAAGCUGCAGCCCCCGAAGCAGGGCAUGCCCUACUACCUGAGUGGCGUGGAUUUCAACUCCUUGCUGCAGAAACAAGAAUCCAACGUCCGCUUCUGGAAAAUCCUGACCGUCGUUUUUGGUUUCGCCACUUGCGCCGUCCUCUUCUUCAUCCUACGGAAGCAAUACCGGCAUCACCGUGAGCGGCAGCACCUCAGGCAAAUGCAGGAUGAAUUCCGGCAGGCCCAGGAGCGCCUGAUGCGUGAAAUGAACGCAGAGGGCGGAGAGACGCUCAAAAAUGCCUGCGUCAUCUGUUUAAGCAACAUCAAAUCCUGCGUCUUCCUGGAGUGCGGGCACGUUUGCUCUUGCAAGGAGUGUUACCGGGCUCUCCCUGAGCCCAAAAAGUGCCCGAUCUGCCGGCAGGCCAUCUCCAGGGUGGUGCCCUUAUACAAUAGUUAAAUUUCUGUGACCGGGAGGGAGAGUUUUUGGCAUUAAAGCUGUCUCUCGCAAAGGGGUUUUCUCGCCUGGCUGCUUGGGUAGUUGAUUUUGGGGAAGGGGAGGGAGCUGGAGUGAGCGAGGUGCUUCGAGUGGGGUGCAGAGCCGGGUGUUAAAAGAUGAUGACGGUCCGGCUGAUCGGGGCUCAUGUCGCGCUCUGGAGGGUUUCCGGGGUGGGAGACGAGGAUUCCUCACAAAGGGAGCUCGGCUGGGAGAUGCAGUUUCAAGCGCUUCUGUUAAAAGUUGGACUCUCAGGGUUUGCGUUAUGAAAUAACCGGCUUAUAAAAAUGUGGAGAAAAGGAAAAUAUAUGUAUUACGGCUUCUCAGAGGCUGCAGGAUUCGGGCAACGCUGCCACCUGGCUCCGGGGACCGACGGAGCGGGGUGGGCUUUCAGAGAGCUUGUGGAGGGGGGUUGCGUGAACACAAAUAAUUUUGGGAUCAUCCACGGAAUUGGUUUGUGACUGUAUCACACCAGGACGCCAGGAUGGGGAGGUGAAACUGCUGUGGCUGCACGUGGCUUGAGCUGGGAUAGAAAAUGGGAUGUAAAGUAAUAAAAUAGGAUGA